AAUCCAGUGGCGCGUCAGGUCAAGAAGUCCAGCUUCGCAUCCGCAUAAGAAGCGUUCAGUAUUCUUUCUUCAUUAAUUCCCAAAUAUGAAUAUCAGGCGGAUCGUGAUCUAGAAACUUCUAGUUGUUUAGCACCACCUUUUCCAGGCAGCACAAGGUUAUGGCGAAAAUCGGCGAAGGAGACGCCCGAUGGAUCGUGUCGGAGCGUCAGGAUGGCGCAAAUGUUAACAACUGGCAUUGGCAAGAAAAAGAUGUGCUUCCCUGGGCUAAAGUGCGCCUGCAAGAACUCCUAGGAGAACAGGUUCUUGCAGACAACAGCGGCCUGCUGCUCAAGACAGGGCCCAAUGUGGAGGUGAGCGGCGAUGCCAUAGUCAACAACAGGAAGAAGAAGCUCAUCCCCUCCUACGAGCUGGAGAUUAAGGGCACCUGGUCAGGGGAGGUGAGGGAUGGCGAGGCGGCUGAGUCAGCGAGCGGAAGCUUCCAUCUGCCUUAUGUGGCGGAUGAAAACGCCGACGAAGACCCAGAGCUCAAGGUGUCCACCAGCACAGACAGCGCAGCCGCGCGCCGCCUCAAAGAAGCAUUUCUGGGCCCUGGCAAGCAGGCUUUCCAUGCGCACAUGCGCUCAUUCGUGAAGGAGCUGCAAGCGGGAGGGCCCUCCUCCAAGGCAGAUGCACAGGACAGCAAGCAGCCCUUAGAAGAUGACGCCGCCGCCAUGAAGAAGAAAGGUGGCCGCCGAGAGAUUGAGGAGAAGAAGGCGGCGGAGGCCGCAAAAAGGCGCGUAGAGGACCGUGCAAGCACGGGCCGGGUCGAGCUGACGGAGAAGUUUUACGCGCGGCCGAGAGACCUGUUCGAGUGCUUCACCAAUCCCGGCCGCGUGCAGGCCUUCACGCAGAGCGCAGCUCAGGUGGAGCCGAGGGUGGGGGGCAAGUUCUGUGUGUUUGGCGGUUCGGUGGAUGCGACCUUCUCUGCACUGGAGUCACCCUCGCGGAUAGCCUUGGACUGGCGCUUCAGAAACUGGCCAGACGGCGCCGUCUCCAAGGUGGAGAUAAAGCUGGAAGAGCCGCAGGAGGGCACCACGGUGCUGCGCCUGGUGCAGACGGGGGUCCCCAAGGAGGACCGAUUUGGCAACGGAGAUGUGAUCGAGUCGACUGCGCAGGGCUGGCGCGCACAGAUCUUCCAUCGCAUCCGCGCAGUGUUUGGCUUCGGGCUUGGCAUGUGAGGAAGAGGAAAGCAAUUGUGAGUGUGCCAAGGAGGUCUCACAAGUAGCCCAUGGACAACAUGUUGAAGCAAGGGUGCUGUGAGGGGUGCUUGCGUGGCGGAGAGCACUCAGAUGCAAUCCCAAACAAGCUAGAAGGGUUCGAGGCCUGACAAAGAAUUGUUAAUGGCAAUGCAUUUUUCUAGGAGCUCACUCGAGUUGCCAAAUAGCACGACAUAUUACUGGUCCCUGGUAACAAGAGUUGCAGGCAGGCGUGGUCGGGAUUCUCAGAGUCCUUAACAGACCGAGACAUGAAAAGUUGAGUUACGCGCUGUCAAGGAGUGGCCAAUUACUGCUUCAAGACUGCCUGUUAUCAGCGGCUGAUAUAUAAUAGACGAAGCAAACAUGGGCCAAUAUGGGAUCUGUUCUGGAGCUGAGGUGUGAAUGGAGGGGAGCGAACUUGUUAAACAAACGAUUUUGAAAGAAAAAUUUACCAAAUAUUGGAUUGCCGGACAUCAGUGAACCAGUCCAUCAGCUAUACACCUUCAAAACUCUGAUUCCCCAGCUUCCAGUGGGAAAAAUAAGGUAUCUUUACAACUUUGAUG